GGUGGAUGCCUAGAGAUGGAAAUGACCUAGAGGCCUUACAGAUACAUUUGUGCUUUUGUCGCUCUAAUCUGCAUCCGCGGAGAGCAGCGAGAUCUGGAAGCACACUUGUUUCCGCGGUGAGUAAUAUCUACCUCAGCCAGCAUACAGGGGAGAAACCGGGAAGCUGCUGGAGACUUCAGACAGGCAGACGGAGCUAUCAGCUGGCCACUCGCUCACUGCCUGCAGAGUCCUGCUUCGUGAAGAGGAUUUGAGACGGACUGGAUCUGUCUGCCCUUCGCCUCCCAUAGCUCCUCCACCAGCAAGUGUAAAAGAAACUGCAUCCUCUGAUUCCAGCAUUUACUUCUUUUUUUUUUUUUUUAUUACUGUCAUUUUUCCUCUGUGCUGUUGACCAGUGUCUGAUUUUCCUUGGAUUCAUUUUUCAUCUUUUGUUUCAGCUUUUAAAAGGAUUUUCUACUUUUAUUAGUGCAGACUGGUAUAGGUUUAUAUAUGUACAUACAUAUGUGUAUAUGCUCUAUAUAUACUGUAUGAAGAAGGAUUUUUUCCCCCAUUCUGAAGGAAAGUUAAUGCACUUUAAAACUUGGCUGUAGUAUCACUUUAAGUAUAUUAAGGAGUGGUUUUGACUUUUCCUCCCCUGUUAUGAUACAUUUGUUUGAAGCUGGAAACAGACAAAUCUGGAGGUGUGUCUGUGCUGAUUUUUAAGCUGGGCCUAACGUAUCUGCAGCAGGGCUGCAUGUAAGCAUUUCACUCAGACUGCAAGUCUUUUUGAUCGCCCUCCGACCUCACCCAGUUCUGCGCUGCCCCUCUACAAGGCACACUGAGAUGAGCCUCUGGCAGGUGGAAUCCUUGAGCUGUCCUUUUAUGUAACUUGAACAGUUUCAGGACUGCGGACAGGAUUUGUCGUUUUUGUAAAGAGGACAAGAACAUUCUGCGGGAAAAAACAAACAAACAAAAAGCUUCCGGUGCUGUUGCACCACUUAUGUAUUGUUGUAGUGCGCAGGAAAGUAAAAUGGACUACAAGCGUCGCUUUUUGCUCGGCGGGUCCAAGCAGAAAGUGCAACAGCACCAGCAGUACCAGAUGCCUGAGCUGAGCCGGACCUUGAGCGCCUCACUGGCCUCCUCUUGCUCGGCCUCUUCGCCCAUGGGCACCGGGGUGGGCAUGCCAGGCAGCUGCCACCCUCCUCCUUCUGCCGCCACCACCGCAGUUGCAGACAUCCAGCAAGGAAUCUCCAAAUAUUUGGAUGCCCUCAACGUGUUCUGCCGGGCCAGCGCCUUCCUCACAGACCUGUUCAGCAGUGUGUUCAGGAACUCUCACUAUUCCAAAGCAGCUAUGCAACUGAAGGACGUGCAGGAACACGUCAUGGAGGCGGCCAGCAGGCUGACUGCAGCAAUAAAGCCCGAGAUCGCCAAGAUGUUGAUGGAGCUGAGCGCCGGGGCCGCCAACUUCAAAGACCAGAACGACUUCAGCCUGCAGGAUGUUGAGGUGCUGGGUCGGUGCUUCCUCACGGUGAUGCAGGUCCAUUUCCAGUUUCUUUCACAGGCUUUGCAGAAGGUCCAGCCCGUGGCUCAGUCCUGCUUAGCAGAGGCUCUUGCCCAGGCCCAGGAGCGUUGCACCAACGCCCGCUCCCAGAGCUCUGACCUCGGGCCCCUUACAGAGCUGGAGGAAGCCUCCCGUUCGUGGAAAGGUGCAGCUCAGGCCAUGGCGAGGUUGAGGGAGAGGGGCCGGGACGGCUGCCUGGCAGGCAUCCAGGUUCAGCAGCUCUUCUGCUCUAACAACACCACCAUCCCUGAGCACCAGCUGAAGGAGCUCAACAUGAAGAUUGACAAUGCUUUACAGGCCUAUAAAGCAGCACUAGAGAGCCUGGGUCAUAGUGAGUAUGCACUGAAGGCUGGCUUUCACCUUAACCCCAAAGCUGUGGAGGCGGCCUUACAGAGCUGCUGCAGUGAGGCGGAGGCCCAGCAGGCGGGCAGGAUGCAGACCACCUCCCAGCCCAUCCAGUGUGAGCUGCCCACCAUCCCUGUACAGAUCGGCUCACAUUUCCUCAAAGGAGUGUCCUUCAAUGAGUCAGCAGCUGAAAACCUCAAACUGAAGACGCACACGAUGCUGCAGCUCAUUAAGGAGGCGCUGGGCCAGAACGGAGUGACCCCCAGGGAUGACUCUCCUGUCACCGAGGUCCUCAACCAAGUCUGCCCAUCCAGUUGGAGGGGAGCCUGCAAAACAGCUGUCCAGCUACUGUUUGCCCAGGCUGGUCUGGUGGUUGUUGAUACAGCUCAGAUUGAGAAUAAGGAGGCCUAUGCUCCACAGAUCACUCUUGAGGGUUCCAAAGUGGUGGUCCAGGUUCCCUCUACAUGGUGUCUGAAGGAGGACCCAGCCACAAUGUCUUUGCUCCAGCGGAGCUUGGACCCAGAAAAGACACUUGGACUAGUGGACGUGCUCUACACAGCAGUGUUUGACAUCAACAGGUGGAAGGAGAGAAAAGAGCAGGCCUUGCCCACUAUUCAGAUCCAGCUGCAGCGGGAGAUCCCAGACUACAGCGGCCAGGCAGACCUGCCUCAAGGCCCCAGCUCCAAGACCUCCAGUGGAUUGCCCAAAACAAUAUCCAAGCUGACUUCCAAGUUCACCAAGAAGGUGUCAUCCAGCUCUAACAGUGGGGGCAGUUACUCCAUCCCGAGCACCCCAUCUCGCAGCAUGCUAACAACCAGUAGCUCUGAGGAUAAGGCCAAGAGCCUUGGCCACAGUGACGGGAGGCUACAGAGCAUCCUGCAGAUGAGCAACCUGUCCUGCACCCCUGACUCUACCCAGCUAAGCCAGCUGGCCAACGGCUUAGUGUCCGAGGACCAGGGGAUGAACCUGCCGACUGACCAAGAGAUGCAGGAUGUCAUCGACUUUCUCUCAGGAUUCAACAUGGGAAAAUCUCAGCAAGCAUCGCCCCUGGUCAAGAGGAGGAACUCUGUCGCGUCUGCAAAUCCCGCUGAGCUGAAGCCCCAGAGCGGACCUCCGCCAACUUCCCAAUCCAUCCCUCACAGCACCCUACAGCCCCAAGCUCAACCCCUGCCCCAACCCCAGCCUCAGCCCCAGCCUCCACCAUCGGUGCAGAAGCAGCAGCCUCCGCCACAACCGCAGCCACCGCCUCCUCCACAACAACAGCAACAACAACCCCAGCAGCAGCAACAGCCCCCUCCUCCACCUCAACAGCCCUCCCCACAGGCCCUGCAGUACUACCAGCACCUCCUGCAGCCCAUCAGUCAGCAGCAGCCACCUCCUCCUCAGCUUCCUCCGCAGCAGACCCCACCCCAGGUCCUGCCACAGCAAAGAGUGGCAAGCAAGUGGCUUGGCACUUCUGGGCAGCAGCCUCAACCGCAGGGGCCCCCAGCAGGGCUGUCACCCCUGGGUCCAAUCGGGCAGUGGGGCUCUCCUGGACUGCCAGAUCUGAGCUCAGAUCUGUACAGCCUGGGUCUGGUUAGCACCUACAUGGACAGCGUCAUGUCAGAGAUGCUGGGCCAGAAGCCACAGGGGCCCCGCAACAACACUUGGCCCAACAGGGACCAAAGUGAAGGAGUGUUUGGAGUUCUGGGAGACACGCUGCCCUUUGACCCAGCAGUUGGCUCUGACCCGGAGUUUGCACGUUACGUUGCCGGCGUCAGUCAGGCCAUGCAACAGAAACGGCAGGUGCAGCACAUCCGUCGCCCUAGCAACCCGCGCAGCAACUGGCCAAUGCCUGAAGAGCAGCACAGGACCUGGUCCCACCCAGAGUACUACAGUGAAGGGGAGGCCGUAAACAGCAGCUGGUCAGCCAAUCAGGGGGACUCGGCCAGCUCCAGCGAUGAGACAUCUUCAGCCAAUGGUGACAGUCUGUUCUCCAUGUUUUCUGGGCCGGACCUCGUAGCGGCCGUGAAACAAAGGAGAAAACACAGCUGUGGUGAGCCAGAGGUGUGCACCCUGCCUUCACCACCACUACAUCACAUCGGUGAUGAUAGUCAGGACAGCAAAACUAAAACCUGGCCUCCCAAAGCGCCAUGGCAGCACUCCACCCACACAAACACCAUGCCCAAUCCCAGCUCUUCCUUGUACCAGAUGAACAUCCCUCCUUCCUCCCAGUGGAGCGACUCCAUGCAGAUGCUGCAGUCUCCCGUGUGGUCCACUGCCAGCGACUGCUCCCCCUCCACCGGCAUCUCCUCUGGUUUUCCCUUCACCCAGCAGCAGCAACAGCAACAACAGCAGCAGCAACAACAACAACAACAACAGCAACAGCAGCAGCAGCAGCAACAACAACAACAACAGCAGCAGCAGCAACACAAACCCAUGACAAAGGGCUUUAAAUCCUUCCCCCUCAAACACGAGCACAGGCCCUCAUACCUUCACCAGUACUGAUCACAGUCUAACGUGGACCGAGUCCGCAGUGAAGUGCCACUGAGGGCCUGUAGCUCUGUUAGAUGAGCCACUGAGUGGGCCGAGCUGCAGCCAUUACAGUCCACACCCACUGAAUUGGAAGAUUUCAAAGCCUCAGAGGCAAAAAUCAAGUACACACACUGGCUCAACAUUUUUGUAUCUAUAUUUUUCCAUGUCAAACAUCCCCAUUUGAAAAGGAGACGUAUUUUGAAGUUUUUUGAACUGCCAUGUUUUAACUGGUGCAUGCGUCAUGCUGGCAGCAGUUAGUCUAGUGGUCGUUUCUCUGUCUGUCGAGCUGACGUCUCCUCAGACAAGAGCUGGAGACGUGCACGGCCGUCACCCACUUGCUUCUGCAGCUAAACGUGUGUCUGUGUGUGAGUGCGUGCGUGUAUGUGUGUGUGCGUGCGUGCAUGUGUGUGUGUGUGUGUGCGUGCGUGUGUUUGCGCGUGUGUUUAAAAGACGGGAUUACAAGGGCCGGGGGGCAGGGGCUUGAAAUGCUCUCAUUUUGCCCGUAAUAAAUAUACUGUGUCUACAUAGUUGUAACUGCCAAAUCUCACGCAAGAUGACUCAGAAUACAGCUACCAUCUACUGUUUCAUAGCUUGUAAAAUACUGAAGUUGAAAUAUAAAUAUUUAGUUCUUUUUAUUAAGAGGCUUUGAGCAGGCUCAGCAUAAAUAUAGUAAGUCACUGCAGAGGUGUAAUUUGAGAGAAAUACACUACUUUUUCAACAACUGACCAGAGUUAAGAAUUAUAGCAGUAACUAUGUGCCAUGUUGGUAUUGAUAGCACUUGCAAAAUAUUAUUCCCAACCAAAGCGUUGUUCAGAAGAUGAAUGGUGCUGAAGACAUAAGAGGCGGUCUGAGAUAAUUGGUAAAGAGUGAAGUUCCACACCCUAUUGGAUGAGAGCAUUAGGGAACAUCUUCACACCCACAAUUCAUUUCCUCCUCUCUAAUUGGCAGUUGUUUGCUCCAGAUUGACACUAACUCCCUAACUUUUCUUCUGUUUAAUAAUACAAUAUUUUUCUUGUACAAUUAUUGACAGUAUUAAUCUUAUUUUUGUAUUUUCUUACAUGUUAUACCAUUACUGUAUGUUAGUAUUCUUGUAGGCAUAUUACAUAAAACAUUAUUUUCCACCUCCCAAUAUGUGAAAAAGCACAUUUUUUUCCUACAGAGUUGAACUACACCAUCUAUCUAUAAAGGUUACCAAAUAUGCCAUGCUAAACACUAAAACAUUGUGUGAUGAGGGUGUUUUCGAGCCCUUGUUUCUGCGGUUUCUAUGGCAAUGGGCUGUAUUUAAAAGCCCAGAAUGUUAUCUUUUUGUGAUGUUUGCGGAUGCCAAUGUUGCCUGUAUUUAUGAAAUGACACCAUGUUUUCAGAAAACUAACAUACUUAACAUGUUUACAGAGAAUUGUUUGCUGUAUAUACAUAUAAAUAUAUAUCUUUUUAUAGUUAAUGUGCUUUGCACAAUCAAGAUAUAGGGUUUGUUGCUUUUUGUCUGUGUUAUCUCCCUAACUGUUGCAGCCUUUUUUAAAGACAUCAUUACAGACCUUGGACUGUAACUGUUAGCUUCUCAGCUGUGUCAAAUGGUUUACUAGUGGCUUCUACAAAAUAAAAAAAAUAAUAGUAAAAAACAUGUUGCCCUGAUAGAAGAUAUGAAGGGGGACUGCUUGGCUUAUGUUGCUUAUUGUUCUCUUGAGCUGGCAACUGAAUCUUUCCAAGUGUACCAGCAAUGCAAAAAAUGAAUAAAAAUGACUAGCAAUUCGAAA